AGUAGGAUCCCAAUAUGGCAGCGGCGGCGGGUGCAGGGGCCGCCGCCGUCGGGGCUCUCCGCGCUUAGGGCCCCCCCUCGGCUCCCCCCGCCUCCCCUCCCGGGCGGACGGAACCCCCUUCCAGGGUACCUCGGAGUCAGCUGCGCCCCGUCGCGUCCGACAUGAGGGAGAAGGGCCGCAGGAAGAAGGGCAGGACCUGGGCAGAGGCCGCCCGGACGGUCCUGGAGAAAUAUCCUAAUACACCUAUGAGCCAUAAAGAGAUCCUUCAGGUUAUCCAGAAGGAAGGACUGAAAGAAAUCAGAAGUGGGACAUCUCCUCUGGCCUGCCUGAAUGCCAUGCUCCACACCAACUCCCGAGGGGAAGAGGGCAUCUUCUAUAAGGUCCCGGGGCGCAUGGGAGUCUACACCCUGAAGAAGGACGUCCCGGACGGGCUGAAGGAGCUCUCGGACGGCUCGGAGGAGAGCAGCGAUGCCCAGUCCGACUCCCAGAGCUCCGAGAACUGCAGCAGCAGCAGCAGCAGCAGCGACGGGUGCGCUAACAAGGAUGGGAAGAAAAGCAGAUGGAAAAGGAAAGUGUCAUCUAGACUGUCCCAGACAUCCUCCCCGCAGUCAGCCUGCCCGUCGCCUUCCAUCCAGGCAGGCAAAGUCAUCUCCUCCUCCCAGAAGCACAGCAAGAAGGCGCUCAAGCAGGCCUUGAAGCAGCAGCAGCAGAAGCAGCAGCAGCAGCAAUGCAGAGCAGGCAUGCCCGUCUCCUCUAACCAGCACGUCCUUCUCAAGGCUGUCAAGGCAGCUGGGGACUCCACCCCGGCCAAAUCCGCCUGGGAAGGGAAGCAGCCGGACGGGCGGGCGGGCAGCCCCCACCACCCCACCUCCUCCGUCAAGCUCGAGAACUCCCUGCCAGGGCUGGGGAAGAAGCCGUUCCAGAGAUCUGACAGGCUCCACGCAAGGCAGCUGAAGAGAACGAAGUGCGCUGAGAUCGACGUGGAAACCCCCGACUCCAUCCUGGUGAACACCAACCUGCGGGCUCUGAUCAACAAGCACACCUUCUCCGUCCUGCCCACGGAGUGCCAGCAGCGCCUGCUGCUGCUGCUGCCCGAGGUGGACAGGCAGGUCGGGGCGGAUGGUUUGAUGAAGCUGAGCGGCUCCGCACUCAACAACGAGUUCUUCACUUCUGCUGCCCAGGGCUGGAAGGAGCGGUUGUCAGAAGGUGAGUUUACACCAGAAAUGCAGCUAAGAAUACGGCAAGAAAUAGAGAAGGAAAAGAAGGUGGAGCUGUGGAAGGAGCAUUUUUUCGAGAGCUACUAUGGCCAGAGUUCUGGACUGAGUCCUGAAGAGUCCAAGAGACUGACAGCAAACACCAGCCCUGCCGAGACAGAGCCUGAAAACGCAGCAGCUGAGCAGCCAAAAUGCGCGGCAGCCUCUCCGGCACCGCUCAAAGAGGAGGUGUCCUCUCCCUCGGAGUCCAAAGCACAAGCGGCCGUAGAAGCACCAGCCAUGAAAAGAGGGGGAGAGGAGAGGAGAGAGGACACACAGCCCAAAGCAGCCCGACCCACGGAGGCCUCGGUUUCCCCGGGUGCGGUGAGACCCGGUGACCGCUCUCUGCCCGUCAGAGAGAGAGUCCCAGGAGAAUCCAGCCCAGAGAAGCCCCCAGCUGCCGUCACCCAAAAGCCCGACGAAGCGAGGAAGCAGCCUGCGCCGAAGGGAGCGCUGGCCACAGAGGCUGUCGGUGCCUCAGCUCUGGCCCCCAGCAAACCAAAGAGCCCCGAGGCAGGGGAGGGGGUCGCAGAGGUGAAAAGUCCGGUGACCGCUCCAGAACCACCGGAGAAGAAGCCCCCUGUAAGCGAAGAGAUGGAAGUCAGUGUGGAAGCCCAGAAGAGGAAGUCAGAGAGUCGUGAAGAAGCUCUGGCGGCUCCUGAGAAAAGGCCGCGCCUGAUGGAGAACUGCCAGCACCGCCCGGCCUUUCGGGGCCAGCCCCAGUCCUUUCCUGCCGCGGGGACCCCGGUGCCGCGGGUGCCCCCACUCAAGAUUCCCGUUUCCAGGAUCUCCCCGAUGCCAUUUCCUGCGGCCCAGGUCUCUCCCAGGGCGCGUUUCCCCGUCUCAUUUCCCAGUCCGGGAAGAACAGGGGCCAGAACUUUGGCGGACAUCAAGGCCAAAGCCCAGCAAGCCAAGGCUCAGAGGGCAGCGGCCGCCGCUGCCGCCGCCGCCGCUGCCGCCGCCUCAGCCGGGGGGGCCGUCCCGGGGCCGGGACCGGGGGGCGGCGGGACCCCCCCGGGCGGUGGAGGAGAGAAGAGUAAGGCAGCGGCCGUCGGAACCAACCAAACUGGAACUGGAGGAACCGCACUGGAACUGGCAGGAACUGGAAGCGGGGGAAGUUCGGGAAGGUUUCUUCCCCCUUGUCCGGGGACACAGACCCAAAUGGAGACCCAGCCCCCGGGGCCGGCACCGCCUCGCGGUCCUUCUGGAGCACAACUACAGCCGAAUUCCACGCUGCCGCCCGCAGCUCCAGCCGGCGGCGCGGGCACCGGCUCCCCGGCAGCGGUGUCGGCAUUAGAGAAAACCAGCAGGGCAGGCCGGAGCCCCCCCAGCCCGGCCGGGAGCCAGGUCUCGGGCUGCCCGUGCCCUGGCGGCGCUGACAAACAAGAGAAAGCACCUUCUGCUCCAGCAGGUCCCGGCCAGGCCUGUGGGACAGCGGCCCUCGGGGAGGGCACCGGCUGCGGCACCGUGUCCCCGGCGGGUACCAGCACAAGCGGCACUAAGGUGGCACCCGCGGCCUCAGGAGGGACUGGCUUAGACGCCUCUAAAAGCAAAUCUCCUUCCCCUCCCGUGUCUUCGCUGACGCCCACCAGCUCAGAAGCCCAGGCUGGGGCUGGGGCCGCCCCUGUCCCACCCCCAGACACCCCCCCGGGAGCACCCGGCCUUAAAACUCACCCAGGUUCCAGCUCAAGCGGGGCCCUCCCGAAACCAAGCUCCAGCAUCCCUGCCAACAACCCCUUGGUCACCCAGCUCCUCCAAGGCAAGAGCGUCCCCCUGGAGCAAAUCCUGCCGAAGCCUCUCACCAAGGCGGAGGUGAGACCGGCCCCAUCGGCCGCUCAUGAGGAGAAGGGGGCAGCGUCCAUCGCUCCGAGCCCGGCCGGGAGCGGCGCCGGAGCCGAGGGUGGUGAAAGACAAUCGGGUUUGCCCCCACAACAGCUCGGGAUGGUCUUUUGCCAGAACAGGCCUCUCCCUCACAUUCCAAGGACCUUUCCGCUCCCCUCGGGAAAGGACCCCGGUCCUGAGCAGCACCAGUGCCACGAGGGGCUCAGCAAAACAACCCAAGAGCAGAUCCUUCAGACCCUCAUCAAGAGGGUCCAGAGGCAGAAUUUGUUGCCGGUCCUUCAGCCUUCGCAGCUGAACCUCCCUCCCUCAGGUUUCCAGUCAGAAACCGGCUCCACCAGCCAGCGGUUUGUGCUGGGUUUCAUGGGCAGGAGGACCUCCAAGCCUGCCAUGUCGGGGCAUUAUCUGCUCAACAUUUCCACCUACGGCCGUGGCUCAGAGAGUUUGAGGAGAGGCUUCUCCUUGAACCCCGAAAACCGCUUGAGCAGCCCUGCCGGCGCUCCCAAGGCGGAGUUCGGGGAAGGCGAGGAGAUGGCUGGCCAGGGCAGCAGCAGCGAGGAAGGGGACGCGGACGACGAGAGCACUGGUGACGAGCGCGAGCGUGUGGGUGUGAAGGAGGAGCCCCAGGCCGCCCGGGUGCCCGCUCAGGGCGACGGGGAGCAGGGCCUGCAGGGCGCCGGCCCCUUGGCUGGCAGCGCCCCGGCCAGGAGGGGCGUGAAGGCAGAGGCGGGCGCCAGGGAGAACGCGCAGGCCUUUGACGGGCCUACGUUGGCACGGGAUUUUAUCCAGGCGGCUCAAGAGCAAAUGGCGCACGCCAUGAGGGGCAAGAUGCGCAGCAACCCGGAGCUCUUUGUCCCCCCGGCCCCCUCCUCGGACUCGGCGCAGCAGCAGCCUCCACUGCUGGCUCCCGCCCACCCGCCCAAGCUCCCGGGCAGCGGCGCCGCGCAGCUCCUCGGGCCCAGCUACAGCGGGACUAUUAACGUCUCCACCUCCCCGGACGUCGGCCAAGGGCCUCUGAUGAGCGGGCUGUCGGAGUGCAAUCAGUUGGCCAGCAGCAUGGGGAACGUCAUGUCCUUCUCCGUCACCGUCACCACCAUUCCCACCAGCCAGGCCAUGAGCUCUGGCAACCACGGCCAGGCCAUCCCCGUCCAGGCCUUCUCUGAAGACCACGGCCUGGAGGACUCUCCUUCCAAAUGCUACUGCAGGUUGAAAGCCAUGAUCAUGUGCAAGGGCUGCGGUGCCUUCUGCCAUGACGACUGCAUCGGCCCCUCUAAGCUCUGUGUCUCCUGCCUCGUGGUGCGGUAACCGGGGGGGGCCGGGGGGAAGAGGACGGCUUCGUUGCGGGGUUUGCUUUGGGAAGUACAAUGGGAAGAAACAGGAAAUUUACUGCCUUGCACAAGAGACACGUUGCCCGAUCAGGAAUCCAGAGUAGAGUCCUUCUUUCAUUAAAGAAAGAGCACCUUCUUGUA